CAACAAUUGUAAUUUCUCACUCUGCCUUCCGGUUAUUUGUGGAGUUGCUGCAACUGUUGGUGAAGAGAGUGAAGACAACAGACUGGUUCACUCCCAGUUUAAUUAAUUCUUUUUUUUCGUCAUGGAUCGUGGAAAUAUGUUUCUUUCGAAAUCAAGAUGUGCUUUUUCCUGGAUCUAAUGCUGUUACACCACACUCCUCUCCACUGAGCAUCUCUACCGCCACCAACCAACCAUGAAGCUGGCUUUGCACAGGAUAGCAGGCACUACGAUGAGUACAUUAACAACAGGUGUCCAGUAUCUUGGCUCCAACGACGCCAGCUAUGACGACACCUCCAUUGACUCCAGUCUAAUCAAGAACCGAUUCCACUUUGAGAAGCCUCACUCUGUCUCGAUUAGUAACUCCUUCCCCGGACUCAUCCCUGUAAAUAAGGAGGUCAUUUACAGCGGCCUCCCUCCCAUUUUCCCCACCAAUGUAUCAGACUUUCUGUUAAAUAAUGGCACCACUGUGGAAAGUGGAGGGGCGACACAAUGUGGGAAGGACUUUGUGGACAACAUGGAGUGUUUCAUGAUUCUGACUCCCAGUCAGCAGCUUGCAGUCGCCAUCUUGGCGCUCACCCUGGGAACAUUUACGGUGCUGGAGAACCUCAUGGUGCUGUGUGUGAUCCUGCACUCCCAGACGCUUCGAUCUCGGCCUUCCUACCACUUCAUAGGCAGCCUGGCUGUGGCUGAUCUGAUAGGCAGCAUCAUUUUUGUCUACAGCUUCCUGGAUUUCCAUGUCCUCCACAGGAAGGACAGCCCCAAUAUUUUCCUCUUCAAGCUGGCCGGGGUCAUUGCCUCCUUCACCGCCUCUGUAGGCAGUCUGUUUCUCACUGCGAUUGACCGCUACAUCUCCAUCCACAGGCCAAUGGCGUACAAACGCAUCGUCACAAAGACAAAAGCAGUCAUUGCCUUCAGUGUGAUGUGGGCCAUCUCUAUUGUCUUCUCUCUGCUGCCGCUGCUGGGGUGGAACUGCAAGCGUCUCAACUCUGUCUGCUCUGACAUUUUUCCUCUAAUCGACCAGAAGUACCUGAUGUUCUGGAUCGGGAUGACAAGUAUCUUGGUCCUUUUCAUCAUCUACGCCUACAUUUUCAUCCUCUGGAAAUCCCACCACCAUGCUGUCCGUAUGCUGAGCCGCAGCUCCCAAAGAAGUGUGAUCGUUUACACUGCAGAAGGGACUAAAGUGCAGACGGUGAGGCCCGAGCAGGCCCGGAUGGACCUCCGUCUGGCUAAAACCCUGGUUCUGAUCCUGGUGGCCCUUAUCAUCUGCUGGGGCCCACUUCUAGCCAUCAUGGUUUAUGACCUCUUUGGGAAGGUGAAUGACUUCAUCAAGACCGUGUUUGCUUUUUGCAGCAUGCUCACCCUGCUCAACUCCACCGUGAACCCUGUGAUCUACGCCAUGAGGAGCAAGGACCUGCGCCGGGCCUUCCUCAACAUCUGCCAUGUGUGCCAGGGAGCGACGCAGCCUCUGGACAACAGCGCAGAGAGUGACUGGAACAGCAGGAGUGUGAGAGGCACAGCAGGCGGGGCGGGGAAAGAUAGAGCCGGCUGUGGAAAACCUCGAGUAAAAGUAGCCCAAGUUACCGUUUCUGGAAUAACUGAGACUUCUACUGCAGCGCCAGUCUAAAAGAGAAGCUGCCUUGCUCUGAAACAACUGUGAAGUGAUUGUAGAAUAGCCCCAAUCCCACUAGUGCACUGCUCUGUAACUGUGAAAUGUGCCAAAAAAUGACUUAGAUGCAGAAAUGAAUAACAAGUUUCUGUUGCUUUCAAGCUGAAAUCUGUAAUAUAUUAUAGCUGUGUGGUGGAGUGCAAUGAGAAUCUAAAAACGGUGCAUUAUCUCUUUACUCUGUUAUUGAAAAAUCGUUUGUUACAUUACACAAGUCUGAUGAUGUUGAUGCCAAUUGGAUAUUUUUUUUUCAUAUAACAAUAUGGUGGUAUUCAUGAGAACCAGUUUUUUUUUCUGCAUCAACCGUUACACUCACAACACUCUGCUCGGUCACCUUUGCUGUAGUUUGAAUAUGCAUUACGUUACAUAUUUCAGCUUUAAGGCAAACAAAUAUGGCAUCCAUUUUGUUCCUUCUUUUAUCAAAUUACAUCAUAGUGUUAAUGCAAAGUGAAAAUAUGUCUACCUUCAUGCAACAUGUAAGUUUUGAAUGACAGCACACUGCUUGAAAGUAAAAUUAGCAUCCCAUUAGUGAUAUAAAAUCAGCUAUUGAUGAAGACCAUAAUAUUGUGACAUUUCGCAUUUUGUUAUUUUACUUUACGUAUUGAAUAUUUUUUAACUGACUUUGCAAAGCAAAAUGGUAAGUCAUACUUUAAAAUAAGAACAGCUUUUUGAUAAAAGCAAAACUAUUCUGUCGUGAUUUGAGAAUGUAACAUACUUGCUUAUAACACAUGUGCUUGUGAAACAGUUACAGCAUCUUGCGAGGAGCUACACUUUGGUAUUUCUGUGAA